CACACUGAUUCGGCAGUUUCUGCUCCUCCUGCUUGUCUAAACCUGGCCUCAGUCCCAAACCCCGCCUCUCAGAGCUGUACACAAUUCCAGGAAAUCAGCACAGUGAAGUUUCUGUUGUGAAAUCGUCAGUCUCUCUGUCUCACUGCAGCAACAAUGGCUUCAAACUUGUGGUCAGAGGAUCAGUUUAGCUGUUCAGUGUGUCUGGAGCUAUUGAAGGAUCCAGUCGCUAUUCCAUGUGGACACAGUUACUGUAUGGGGUGUAUUAAGAACUGCUGGGAUCAGACUGAUCAUACAGGUGUCUACAGCUGCCCCCAGUGCAGAGAGACCUUUACCCCGAGGCCUGUUCUGGGCAGAAACACCAUGCUGGCUGAAGUUGUGGAGAAAUUAAAGAAGACAGGACUCAAUCCUCCUCCUGCUCAAAGUUAUGCUGGACCUGGAGAUGUGCCGUGUGAUUUCUGCACUGGGAGAAAGUUCAAAGCUGUGAAAUCCUGUUUGACGUGCCUGGCCUCUUACUGUGAAACACACGUCAAGCCUCACUAUGAGGGGGCUGCUUUCAAGAGGCACAAGCUGAUCAAUGCAAUUGGAGAUCUGGAGCAGAAGCUUUGUGCUGAACACCAGAAGGUUUUGGAGGUCUUUUGUAGAACCGAUCAGACGUGUAUUUGUGUGUUGUGUACACAAGAUGAACACAAGAGCCAUGAUACAGUCUCAGCUGAGGCAGAAAGGACUGGGAAACAGAAGCAGCUGGGAGAGACACAGACAGAAAUACAACAGAGAAUCCAGGAGAGACUGAAAGAAAUUGAAGAGCUGAAACAGGCUGUGGAGACACUGAAAAGAUCUGCAUGCACAGAAAUAAAGGAAAGUGAGAAGAUCUUUACUGAGCUGAUCCGAUCCAUUGAGAAGAUCCACACUGAGGUUAUUGAGCUGAUUGGAGCUAACGAGAAGGCUGCAGUGAAUCAGGCUGAAGGACGCAUGAAGAAACUGGAGCAGGAGAUUGCUGAGCUAAGGAGGAGAAACGCUGAGCUGAAACAGCUUUCAGAGACAGAGGAUCACAUCCAUUUUCUACAGAAUUUCCAGUCUCUCUGUGCCCCUCCUGAAGCUGGAGACUUACCCAGCGUUACUGUCAAUACAGACAUCUCUUUUGGGGCUGUGAGGAAAGCUGUAUCUGAACUUAAAGACCAUAUUGAGGACUUCUGCAAGGGGGAAUUAGUCAAAAUAACCACAACAGUGAAUGAAGUUGCAGUUUACAGUCUGCAGGCUCCAGAGCCAAGGAACAGAGCUGAGUUUUUAAAAUAUUCCUGUCAGCUCACACUGGACCCCAACACAGCGAAUAGAGAGCUCUGUACGGUGGCCCUGAAGUGCAAAACGAAAAAAAAAAAAACUAGUGUGAAUUUUUUUUAAUAAAGGUAGCAAAAAUAAAAAAAUGUUAGCAUUUUAAAAAAAGGUUGACAAAAAACACAUUGUCAGCAUUUUAAAAAAGGGUGGCAAAAAAAAAAGUUGUGAGCAUUUUAAAAAAGAGUGGCCAAAAAAAUGUUGUGAACAUUUUAAAAGUGUGGACAAAAAUGCGCAUUUUUUUUUUUUCAAGGGGGCUACAAAUAAAAAAUGUGUGCCAGAAAUGACGUAAGAGCACUUCCGGGUCUAAAACAGGAAGUUUUCACAAGAUUAACUGACUUGUUCCGCUUUCUUUUUCGACCACAAUUUUAGCACAAUGUUAAUGGGUAUAUUUGCAAUUGUUUUGUUACAAAAUCUUGCACACUGGUACAGUAUAUGAAUUUUAAAAAAUCAUCACAAGGCUAACAGUAAUUAUAUACCCUAUAUAAUGUAAACAGUAGGAGGGACUUUGUAAUGGGGCAGCAGUGUGGAGUAGUGGUUAGGGCUCUGGACUUCUGACCGGAGGGUCGUGGGUUCAAUCCCAGGUGGGGGACACUGCUGCUGUACCCUUGAGCAUGGUGCUUUACCUAGAUUGCUCCAGUAAAAACCCAACUGUAUAAAUGGGUAAUUAUAUGUAAAAAAUAAUGUGAUAUCUUGUAACGCUUGUAAGUCGCCCCUGGAUAAGGGUGUCUGCUAAGAAAUAAAUAAUAAUAAAAAAAAAUAAUAAUGUGCUUUAGUAUAUGAGGCUCUUACAUGAUUUAACAGGAGUUACCAGUUAAUAUAUUUUACAAUCCUUUCUGUGCUUUUAGAUGUAUUUCUAGUUAAGCUACAGAAGGUCAAUCGGAUCUGAAGAUAAAGAUGUCAAGUCUUAUUGCCCAUUAUUUUGACCAGGGGCAUUCUUAUGAUGCAGUUUUAGCUUUUCUUUCCGAGCUCCAUGGCAUUCAUCUCAGCAUGUGAACCCUGAAAUACAAAUUAAAGAAACAGGGACUUAGCAGACGAUUAAACUAUGCAUCCCAAAGAGACACCAUAACCGCAAUUAGAAAUGAGCUAAGAGGUCCUGGAGUGUUAUUUGGGUACAGAACGAAGUGGCAAGUGCUGAAACAGAAAUACAGGCUAAAUGUAAAAAGAGAGACAGUGAUGAGAGUACUUCCACAGCUAAACCCUAGAGGACACCAAUCAAGAACAGUAAGGCGAUUCGUUCCAAGAGUGUACCACUCACUUGGUCCAAACUACAUUUGGCAUGUGGAUGGCUAUGAUAAGCUGAAACCUUUUGGAUUUGCGAUUAGUGGCUGCAUUGAUGGCUUCUCUCGUCGCCUAAUGUGGUUAACAAGUGGACCAACCAACAACAAUCCAGCUGUCAUAGCUAAUAACUAUGUCAACUGUGUAGUGUCCAACAAAAUUAUUCCAAUGAGACUCCGAACGGACUGCGGAACUGAAAAUGGUACCAUGGCAGCAAUUCAAGCUAUGCUGAGAAGACAUCAUAAUGAUUACCAUGCUGGAAACAGAAGUCAUCUGUAUGGCUCCUCCAUGUCAAAUCAAAGAAUUGAAAGUUGGUGGUCAAUUUUCAGGAAAGGAAGGUAAGCAUGAACAUAUAACAAUCCUCUCUUCGAAUAAUUACCCAAACAAUUGUCCAAUCUUCCUUUAUGCACCUGUAAAACCAACAUGACUCUCUUGCAUAGUGAUCUAAAUCAGGUCCCUCUUAAUACAUAAGGCUAAGUUACCAGGUAGUGAUGGCAGCUCUUUUUCCUUGCAGAUUGGUAUAAUACAUGAUAAAAUACUUUGUCAGAUUUGUCAGGAAUAUACUUCUGAUUAUUGUUUCAUUGUUUUUAGAGCUCAGUUUUGGAUGGAUCUCUUUGGAGACAUUCGUGACUUUGGGCUAUUCAAUGGGAGUCACGAACACCAGUGCCUGCUUCGCUACUGUUUUAUGAAUAUACUUCAGACUGACUUAGAUGAAUGCACUUCCCUUUGGAAUCUCCAUCGAAUUAGACCUUCACGGAUGUCACUCUGUCCCGGGGGCAUACCAAAUUAAAUGUACAAUUGCCGCAAAGAUUUGGAGCCCGAGAUUGUGGAUUCCCAUUGGAUGUACAGGAGCUGCAACAGCUGUCAGAAAAUUACGGAACAGUCAACAUUUGCGGAGAUGAGGCAAUUUACUUUUAUUUGAAUAAUGUUAUUCAACAGUGCAGACUUCCUCAGGCAGAAGAUGUAGAAGCAGCUCUGGAAAAUUACAUACAGCUAAAAGAAAUGUCUGGCAUGUAAAAAAAUAAUAAAGAUUAAAGAGAAACAAAAUAGAAACUAUUUGCCUUUAAAAAAAAAUGUAAUUCUGACAUUUUUCAGCCACAAAAAUAGAAAAUUAACAAAUAUAGCUGAAAACAGCAAUACCCCAAGGCCAAGUAUUCCACCAUACAAAUUAAACAUUGCUGAAAUUCAAUUGGCUUGUGGUGGCCACGUUUUUUUAUACAACUUCUCUUUAACAAACUUGAGACAAUUUCCCCAAGUUUAAGACUGCUAGGUUUAAUUUAAAUAUGCAUUUGAAUAGUUUAAAAUAUUACAGCUAACAAUUCUAGUUUUGGGUCAUUCCAUGCCAACUCAACCGGUGCUGUUGCCUGUCCGUCUCAGAUUUUCCUAGAAAAGUUCGCCUGGGGGUUUCCGACAGGAAGAGUUCAGAAAUGAUAACCAUUUUUUUUUUUUUUAAUUUCCCCAUUCAACCUGUGACCUUGCAAAGGUCAGCCUAAAGUGUGAAAGGGACCUUGAAAAUCACCCUGGGCGCAAUUUAGAUGCUACCAUCAUGUGUAGCACCUUGUUCUACUCGUAUUGAAUAGGGCUUUUGAGAAAAAAAUCCCAGGAGCACCCUACUCAUUCUGUCAAAUUGCCAGACGAGGGGUAACUGACAAGUUUUAUUCGAACUUCAGCCUAACCCUUUACCCUGUAGAGGAUGUGAGUCCUAAAAUGUAAGUAUGCUGCAAGACCCUUAGGUCUUCCAAAUUCUGUGAAAAUCUUUUGGUUUCAAACCCCCUUGAAAUUUGAAUUUUUGCUAUUUGUACUAAGUUUA